AUGCUGAGGGUCCAGAAAAAGCCAAAACCAAAGAAGAGCAAGCGGCUCAGGAAAUUCCUCAGCAAUCCGUUCUCAAAGGUAAGGACACAUUUAUUUGUGAAUUGUUUGGUGGUUCAUGAAGGAAAUAUGCUGCAGUGGUCCAGACUUGAUGUUUUUGGAUAUUUAGAGUUGAUAUUUCUGUACUAAUUGUUUGUCAUUUUUUUCACAUAAAGAACGAGAGUAAGCUGAAGACGGAGGAGAAGGAGAAGAAGGAGGAGAAAGAGAAGGCUUCAGCUGACAGGGAUGUUGGCUCCCCUCCAUUCUGGGUUCGGCUGGUUUGCGGCAGUCAAACCAGAAGCUUACACCCUAAACAUUAA